AUGGGAGCUAGAUCUCCCCAUGCGUCCCCACGAGGGCAUAGGAGUGCGUCCGGACUUCUCAGUAGCAUCUUACAGAGUGCGUCUGAUGGCCCAAAUACCCAAAAAAUGGGAACAGCAACUGCGGACGAACGCACCGCGUUGCUCUCGUCCAGGGAGUCGGAUACCUCGGGUGGAUCGAUCAAAGAUGACGAGCCGAAUGAAUACUACUCACCGGCGACGGGAUUUAAAGGUUUACCCUGGUGGAAACGGCCGUCCAUUUUUUGGAUCAUUCCGCCUUUCCUCCCAUUUACAGUCGCCUUCGGCGGUGUAGCUGUGCCGAAAAUCAACUUAAUCUUGACCCUAAUUUGUCGAGAUUAUCUUGCUGGUCGUGCCCUCAAGGAUCCCUCGUUCACGUAUCUGCCUGUCAUAUUUGGCGAAGACAACAUUCAAUGUCGCAUUCCCGAGGUCCAGGCACUGGUGUCGAGAUUUCAGCUUAUGCUGAAUCUGAUCGCGGGAGGGCUCGCCGCUAUCGCAAGCCCAAAGCUAGGCGUUCUCUCUGAUGGUUACGGGAGAACGAAAGUCAUUGCAUUGGCGACGUUAGGCGCAUUUCUCGGUGAAGUGAUAACAGUUCUCGUGGCGGCGCGCCCCGAUACUUUCUCUUUGAACUUCCUUUUACUUGGCGCCACCUUUGAUGGUCUAUUUGGAUCCUUUACAACGGCUGUCGCCCUGACGCAGUCCUAUGCAGCCGAUUGUAUACCGCCAGAGAGACGAAACGUUGCCUUUGGCUAUUUUCAUGGAGUUUUGUUCAGCGGAAUUGCGCUGGGUCCGCUGAUCGCUGGCUAUCUCAUCAGAUUUACGAACAACGUCCUCGUAGUAUUCUAUUCCGUUCUAGGGUGCCAGGCGCUCUUCCUAUUUUGUAUCACCUUCAUCGUUCCCGAGUCGGUUCCUAAGGAGAAUCAGGAAUACAAUCGGCGAAAGCGGAAAAUUCAGCUCCUCGGCGCCAAUGGAAUCCGCCCGUCAUGGAAGGACUUCAAUCCAUUGGGACUUUUGAAACCGCUAUCUAUCCUCUUUCCGCCGGAAACGAAAUCAACUGCAUUGUUACCGGAGAAGAAGAAUCUACGCAAAUUACGGAGGAAUCUGAUCAUCCUUUCCGCUAUUGACACUUCGAUAUUCGGAGUGGCCAUGGGAACUAUGAGUGUUUUGAUUAUCUACGCAGAAUAUAUGUUUGGCUGGGGCAACUUUGAGUCCAGCAUGCUUGUCUCGCUCACCAGCUCUGUGCGGGUACUCCUGUUGCUGGUCGUCCUUCCCACCGCGACUCGAUUCGUUCGGGGACCUGCUUCAAAAAGGAGUCAUGCCACCGGCUCGGAUAUGUUGGAUAUUGUCGUGAUACGGAUUUCCGUGCUAUUCGAUAUGCUGGGCUAUGUGGGGUAUUGUAUCGUUCGCUCUGGUCCGCUACUAAUGCUGUCAGGAGCAACGGCAGCAAUGGGCGCGAUGGCAUCACCAACUUUGCAAUCGUCUCUCACCAAACAUGUCCCUGCGGAUCGGACCGGGCAGCUUCUCGGAGCCAUUGGUCUCCUGCACGCGCUUGCUCGAGUGGUUGCCCCUACGAUAUUCAAUUUGAUAUACAGCAUGACGGUUGCGACCGUUCCCCAAACCGUCUUUAUAUGUUUGGCGGGGUUGAUUUUCAUUGCAUUCUUAGCCUCUUGGUUCAUAAUGCCCCAUGUAUACGUACCAGAAUCGCUCCCUGGAAGCAAUGAAGCAGAGCCGGAAGAUCUCGAAGAUGUUACCAAUGUGGUCUAACUUUGUCCGCGCACAUAAUUACGGUUAUACCCUACCUUUUCUCACAAAAUAUUAUCCGUCGCUUACGCUCGACCUGCCGUCUUUGACUGAAAAAAGGCUGGAACAGAUACGUUUCACCCCACGCAUAAGUACGACCG